AUGGCUGCGGCUCAAUCCUUCGGGUACGCAAUGGCGCCGCUUCAAGCUCGCGGGAUGCUCUUCAUCCAUCUUCGAACACAAAAUCGCAUGGUCAUAAGCGAAUUCGCAAAAUUGCAUGGCCUCUACCUAAACUUCUGCUUCAAGAAACAGUUUACCAACAUACGAGCUGCCCUGGGCGGAUGA